AGGUUCUUAAAACCACCUCACCCUUGCUCACUCUGCACUGCCGCCGCACUAUUCCAUUUGAUUUCCAUCCCCUCCUCCGUCCGUACUCCGACCAGCUUCCCCUGUUCCCUCCCUUCAAUGCUACCCCAGCUCGGAUCCCCUCCAUGACGCGCAGCUCCUCCACACGUCGCGCUCCUCCGAUGCCACUCCACGUUCGCCCCGCCCUCCUCCACCUGCUCCCGAUCCUCCUCUUGGCCGCCGCCUCCUCCGCUGCCGCCGCCUCCUCCUGCGCCGGCCGCGACGACGCGGCCGCCAUCGCCGCCGCGUUCCGGCACGUGCGCAACUUCCGCCCGCCCCGCGCGACGGCGUGCCAGCCGGUCCGGGAGCUGCGCCUGCCGUCGCGGAACCUCACGGGCGCCGUGUCGUGGGCGGCGCUGGCCAACCUCUCCGCGCUCGCCGCACUCGACCUCUCCGGGAACGCGCUCCAGGGCGCCAUCCCGGGCGCGUUCUGGCGCGCGCCGUCGCUCCGCGCAGUCGACGUCUCCCGGAACCAGCUCGGCGGCGCGCUCCGGGUGGGGCGCAGCCCGCGGCUGCUGUCGCUCAACGUGUCCCGCAACCGCUUCACCGGCGUCGAGGGCGUGGAAGCGCUCUCGGGGCUCGUCGCGCUCGACGUGUCGGCGAACAGGAUCCGGGCCGUGCCGCGGGGGCUGCGCCGCCUGCCGCGGGUGGAGCGGCUCGACCUGUCCGGAAACGCGAUGCAGGGGAGGUUCCCCGGCGACCUGCCGCCGCUCGGUGGGAUACGUUCGUUGAACCUCUCGUACAAUAACUUCUCCGGCGUGGUCGAUUCCGGCACCGUCGGCAAGUUCGGCCACUCGGCGUUCGUGCACGCCGGGAACGCGUCGCUGGUGUUCUCGGAGAACUCGACGGCACCGCCGCCGCGGCGUCCGUCGCCGUCGCCGUCGCCUUCUCAUGGAAAAAGCAAAAAGGGCGGGACGACGGAAAGGAAGACGGCGAGGAGGAGCAAGAGGAAGAAGCAUCUGAGCGUGGUGGCGGUGGCGGUGAUGUGCGGGGUGGUGUCCCUGGCCUUGCUGCUCUGCCUGGUCGGGUGCGUGGCGUGCGGCGUGCUGAGGAGCAGAAACAAGGGGGGAGAAGGCGACGAGGAGAGGAAGAAGAAGCCACAGUGGAGCGACAAGAAGGGCGGCGACGAGGACGACGACGAGGAGGAGGACGCGGUGGUGGCGGCGGCCAGGGGCGCGUCGGCGGCGCCGGUGGUGCUGUUCGAGCGGCCGCUGAUGCAGCUCACGCUGGCCGACCUGGCCGCUGCCACGUCCGGGUUCGGCCGCGAGUCGCAGCUCGCGGAGCGCGGCGGCCGCAGCGGCGCCGCGUACCGCGCAGUGCUCCCCGGCGACCUGCACGUCGUCGUGCGCGUCGUGGAGGGCGCCGUGGCGGGGCUCGGCGAGGACGACAGCCCGGCGGCCGCGGCCGCCGCGUUCCGGGAGCUCGCGCGCCUCCGCCACCCCAACAUUCUUCCACUCCUUGGCUACUGCAUCGCAGGCAAGGAGAAGCUGCUGCUGUACGAGUACAUGGAGAAGGGCGACCUGCACCGGUGGCUGCACGAGCUGCCAGCGGGGCGCCCCGAAAUGGACGACGCGGGCGGCGGCGGCGACGCCUGGGAGGCGGCGGAGGACAGGCGGUCCGUCUCCGACUGGCCGACCCGGCACCGCAUCGCGCUCGGUGUCGCCCGGGGCCUCGCGUUCCUGCACCAGGGGUGGGCCGGGUCGGGGCCGGUGGUGCACGGCCACCUCGUCCCCACCAACGUCCUGCUCGGCGACGACCUGGAGCCCCGGAUCUCGGACUUCGGGCACCCGCCCGCCGCCGGCGGCGAGCACUACCCGGCGACGCCCGAGGGCGACGUGUACGCGUUCGGGGCGCUGGCGCUGGAGCUGGUGACGGGGCAGGCCGGGUGGGACGAGGCGUCCGUGAGCUGGGCGCGCGGCAUCAUCCGCGACGGCAAGGCGCUGGACAUCGUGGACCCGCGGCUCCGCGACGAGGCCGCGGCGGAGGCGUCGGCGGAGCGGGAGAUGGUGGAGUGCCUGCGGGUGGGGUACCUCUGCACGGCGCACUCGCCGGACAAGCGGCCGACGAUGCAGCAGGUCGUGGGGGUGCUCAAGGACAUCCGCGCCGCGCCCGGCGCCCAGGCCCAGCCGCCGGCGUGAAGGAAGCCGGCCAAGUUUUUUCUGGUACCUCUGCUGGUGGUGAUCCAGACCUCGUAGUCUGUACGAUGUGCAUGUAGCAGUUUUCCUCGCCGGCGGCAGUUGGCCUCGGCGACGGCGACCAUUUCCUUUGGUGUUGGCAUGUUGGGAGAUCGCGACGGGCAGCAACAGUCGUGGGUAGGGGGUGGUAAUGGGUCAUGGCCUUAAUGGUCUCUUCACAGUCCAACAAAAUCCUUAAAGUUUUUAGCUCAAAAUUAUAUAAAAUUAGAGCCCGAAUCUUUUAGGAUCCGGUUCUUAGAUUUUCUAAUUUAAAAUGUUUGCCCUUUACCACCCCUAGUUAAUUUGCAAGGGGCCAUAGCCAGACGAUGGGUGACACUGUCGCCGCAAGCAGCACGAGCAAGCGCUGAUGAGUGGAUGACCGCCGCUCGCUAGCUGCUGGCUGCUGCCUGGGCAGGCAGAGUGCACAGUAAUGAGUAGCGCAGGCUUUUGGCCACCGAAAUGUGGUGGACAAAGCACGCGGAAACAACUGAUUUGGGCGUUAGCUAUGAGCAGAGAAUCCAAGGUUUUCAAAUUUUGUUU